CAAGACCUUGACGCGGUCUGAAAUACAUACUCAGCGGUCAGUGGUAUCGGGCUCUGUAAAAAUCUUGUGACUUCGUUUUUUGAAAAUACCAGACAUGAAGGAGUAAAUACUCGGUUAGUGUUCAGACAAUAUACAGGAAAAUACUUAUAAACCUACGAAAAUGAAUCGGUCAAAAUAUACAUUACUGUUUUCAAUUUUCGUGUUCGUUCAUACUUCAUCAGCGGCUCCGCAAAAUAAUUUAGAUGACAAAUUAAGUAGUGGGGAGAAUUCAAGUUCUGGCAACCUGAUUCCAUCUGUGUCAAAUUUGGACCCUUUCCCCCCGGUCACCCCAAAUCUUGAUCUUGAUCCCCAUUUCGGAGAAGUCCAGAAUAAUUCUUGUGGAUUUGAUUGCGUUCCUUUUUACCUUUGCCGAAAUGGAUCUAUCAACACGAAUGGAGAGGGAAUUAUCAACAUCAGGGAGAAACCUGGUAACCUGCCUUGUAGCAAUGUCUUCCAAGUGUGCUGCAAACCAGAAGAUAAGUCAGAAACACCUCUAACAACAACUCCAUCACCUUCACCCAGACCAAUAGGCUGUGGUUACCGGAACCCCGAUGGAGUAGGCUUCAAAAUCACUGGAGAUAAGGAGAAUGAAGCACAGUUCGGUGAAUUUCCGUGGAUGGUAGCAAUAAUCAGAGAUACAGGUUCGUUAGAACCUCAGCCAAGACCGAAAUGUGGAGGAACUCUGAUUCACCCACAGAUAGUGAUAACUGCUGCUCAUUGUGUUUCGAGCAAAACCGACAAGUAUAUCAUCAGAGCAGGCGAGUGGGAUAUUAACAAAAACGUCGAACCAUACCCGCACCAGGAUGUUGCUGUUCAGAACAUUACCUUGCAUCCACAAUUUUACUCCGGAGCAUUGUACAAUGAUAUUGCAUUUCUCUACCUGCAAUCACCUGUGAACAUCACACAAAAUAUUGAUGUUCUCUGUUUACCAGCACAAAACCAAAUUCAAGAAACUAGUUCGGGAAGAUGUUACUCCAUGGGUUGGGGAAAAGACAGAUUCGGUGAGGAUGGCGUGUUUCACAUCAUUAUGAAAAAGAUUGACCUCCCACUGGUUCGGAGAGACACCUGCCAGAGUAACUUGAGGGAAACUAGACUCGGAAAACACUUCAUACUACACGAAAGUUUCGUAUGUGCUGGUGGCGAGGAGGGGAAAGAUGCCUGUGAUGGUGACGGUGGUAGCCCUUUGGUCUGCCCCAUCGAGGGACAAGAGGGAAGGUACUACCACGCGGGAAUAGUCGCCUGGGGUAUUGGUUGUGGGGUGAAAAAUGUGCCAGGGGUUUACGUGAAUGUUGCCUCAUUCAGAGACUGGAUUGAUGAGCAAAUGCGCCUUUAUGGACUUGAUAUUUCACAUUAUCAGGCUGCUCUUAUUUGAAGAGGAUACAUUUUGUGAAUGAAGACCCUUGAAAAAGUUUGUUGAAAAGGAACCAGUUUUAUUCAAUGAUUCACUUUUUCAUGUUGAGAUAUGUUGAGAAUAUCACAGAAAUGGUUAUUUUGCAAUUAAAAAAUAAAUACAUU